AUGUCCUUUCUGGAUCAUCUGGACGAGCUGCGCAAGCGGCUGAUUACGGCGGUCACGUCGAUCCUCGUCGGGUUCAUCGUUGCGUUCAUCUUCGUCGACCCGAUCGAAGCCUUCAUCAUGGUGCCGCUCAACGAGCUGCUCCCCGAAGGCAGCAGGUUCAUUUACAUCGUUCCGACCGAAGGAUUCUUCGUAACUAUCAAGAUCGCCGCGCUGGCCGGGUUGAUCCUCGCGAUGCCCGUGGUGCUUCUGCAGUUCUGGCGCUUCGUGGCCCCGGGGCUGUACGGGCACGAGAAGAAAUUCGCCAUUCCGUUCGUGGUGUUGUCGAGCCUGUUCUUCGCGGGCGGAUGCCUGUUUGCCCACUAUCUUCUGUUCCCGAUCGCCUGGCGGUUCCUCGGUGGCUUCUCGAACGAGUACCUGACGUUCAUGCCGAGUCUUCAGCCGACGUUCUCGUUGUACGUCCGGCUCGUUCUGGCGUGUGGCGUCGUGUUCCAACUGCCCACCGUGGUGUUCUUCCUUGCGCGUAUCGGUGUGGUGACCGCGCGGUUCAUGGUGCGCAACACGAAGUACGCCAUCCUGAUCAUCUUCAUCUUGGCGGCGGUCCUGACGCCGACCGGAGACCCGGCCACGCUGACGCUGAUGGCGGCCCCGAUGGUGCUGCUCUAUGGACUCAGUAUCGGCAUCGCGUGGGUGGUCGCUCCGCGCCGGAACAAGGACGACCUUUAG